AUCGCUCCUAUUUCCUGGACCAAUGGUGGAGGCGCUGGGGAGGGAGGCUGGCGAGCCCGGGACGGCGUCGGCGGCGGUGAUGGAGGCCAAGACCAAGGAGAAGAAGGAUGGGGUGGUGAAGGAGGUGAUACGGCUCGAGAGGGAGUCCGUCAUCCCCAUCCUCAAGCCCAAGCUCGUCAUGAAGCUGGCCUAUCUCAUCGAGCAAGACAACGACCGUACCGAGUUUAUGAAGCUAUGUAGGAGGGUGGAGUACACUGUCCGUGCUUGGUAUCUCCUGCAGUUUGAGGAUUUAAUGCAAUUGUACGCACUAUUCGACCCUGUUCAUGGUGAGAAGAGUUUGGAGCAGCAGAGCCUGACACCUUCUGAGAUUGAAACUCUUGAACUCAAUUUUCUAACGUAUCUUUUCCAGAUAAUGGAUAAGAGUAAUUUCAAGUUGUUAUCCGAUGAAGAGAAUGAUGUGGCUCAUUCUGGUCAGUAUCUUUUGAACCUGCCAAUCAAAGUUGACGAGUCCAAGGUCGACAACAAGUUGUUGAAAAAGUACUUUAAAGAGCACCCACGUGAUAAUUUACCAGAAUUCGCUGAUAAGUAUAUUGUCUUCCGCCGAGGCAUUGGAAUCGACCAAACAACUGAUUAUUUCUUUAUGGAGAAAGUGGAUGUUAUCAUAUCCCGAGUUUGGAGAUUCCUGUUGAAAGUCACAAUGAUUGAUAAACUGUUCUCUAAGAAAAGAGAAUUGAGGCCAAAAAAGGACACAAAGAAAACCGACGAAGUCAACGAAGAAGAGGAGCAAGCAGACCUCGUUGUUGAACGCAUUCGCCUAGAAAAAAUGGAACUGAGCAUAAAGAAUUUACUAAGAAAGAUGACAAUUCAAGAGCCUACAUUCGAAAGGAUGAUCGUGGUAUAUAGGAGGGCCAGCAGAGAAACUAAGCCAGAUCGAGGAAUAUUCGUAAAACAUUUUAAGAACAUUCCAAUGGCUGACAUGGAGUUGGUCCUGCCAGAGAAGAAGAACCCUAGUUUAACGCCAAUGGAUUGGGUCAAAUUUCUUAUUUCUGCUGUGCUUGGUUUGGCCACUCUCAUAAGUUCUCUUGAAAUGCCAAAGGCUGAUAUAUGGGUUGUGACAGCCAUAGUUUCUGGUUUAAUUGGAUACUGUGCUAAGAUCUACUUCACAUUUCAGGCAAAUAUGGUGACUUACCAGAAUUUGAUUACGAAAUCAAUGUAUGAUAAGCAGCUUGAUAGUGGAAAAGGAACCCUUCUACACUUAUGCGACGAUGUGAUCCAGCAAGAGAUUAAGGAGGUUAUUGUUUCUUAUUAUAUUUUGAUGGAGCAAGGAAAGGCUACUAUACAAGAUCUUGAUUUACGUUGCGAACAGCUCAUCAAGGAAGAGUUUGGCGUGGAGUGCAAUUUUGACGUUGUUGAUGCUGUGAAGAAGCUAGAAAAGCUUGGAAUUGUUUCCCGGGACUCGAUCGGGAGAAUCAUAUGUGUUCCACUGAAGCGCGCAAACGAGAUUAUAGGGACUACUACUGAGGAAAUGGUGAUGCGUGCCCAACAGGCCCCAGCCGGUUCUUAGGCUCUGCAGGGUGUUAAGAGCAAUGAUAUCUCCUUUCUUAUUCGUGUUUACCCAUUAGGACAGUAUUCUCUCAUAGCGAUUUCCUCAUGUACCAUAAAUAAUCUCAGAGUUGCAUCAUUUUAUUCUUUCAUUCCUUCAUCUCUUAUGUAAAUAAGAGUGGUCUAUUUGGGGGAUUUUUUUCAGUGCGUACAAUGUUGAAUAAGUUAUGUGCACAUAAAGGCCCAAAUUCUGUCUUGCAAA